GGAGUUGGUGGUGCAGUCCUCCCGCCCCUGGCUUUAUAAACGGCGGCGGCCAUUGCGCGCUCUGCAGAGGCGGUCCGAGCGCCCCGGGGACGUCGGGGGCGACCCUCCUGCCCUCCGCCGCCAUGGCCAACGUUUUCCUGUUCGUGCCGAACCUGAUUGGUUAUGCCCGGAUCGCGCUGUUGCUCCUCUCCCUGUGGCUGAUGCCGAGGUCCCCGCUUCCAGCUGUUUGCUGUUACCUGGGCAGUGCCUUGCUUGAUGCUUUCGAUGGAUAUGCAGCCCGCCUACUCAAUCAGUGCAGCCGUCUGGGCUCAGUGUUGGACAUGCUGACAGACCGCUGCUCCACCCUGUGUCUGUUGAUGCAACUGAGCGUCCUGUACCCAUCGUACACACUCGGCCUGCAGCUCAGUGCUGCCAUUGACAUCGCCAGCCACUGGGUCCACAUGUACAGUGUCAACAUUCGGGGAUCCAUGAGCCACAAGCUGAUCGACCGCGAUGGGAAUCGUAUCUUGCAUUACUACUACUCCAGUAGGACUGUGCUGUUCCUGAUGUGUGCAGGGAAUGAGUUGUUUUACCUGCUGCUCUACGUGUUGUACUUCACUGAGGGUCCCACAGUUGUAGGACUGGCUCUGGGAUGGGUCCGUCUCCUGGUCUGGUUCACUGCCCCCGUCUCUGUGACCAAGACCCUAAUCAACCUGGUCCAGAUGGUGUCCGCAGCCCAGGAUGUGGCCCAGAUCGACCAGCGGGAUGGCCAUGAGCAGCUGGAUUCGUGUAGGGACAAGGCCAAAUGAUGGGUUGUGGGGGGGGAGAGAGAGACCCAGACACCCCCCCCCCCCCAGCAC